AACUAAUUUCCGUUGUUUUAUUUCAUAUGGUUGUGUUUUUGUUUACUCAGUGUUGACAAGGAAGUGACAAUAAAUUUUCUGAAGUUUUUACUGAUGUUAUGUAAAUGACUAGUGUCGGAUACUCAAGGAAUCGCAAGUGAAAUAUGUCAAUUUACUGCGAUAACGGACGCACCCAGAAAAUGACAAAUUUGUCUAUAUGUCGUCGAAAAAUCGCUGAGACAACCCUUGAGUACUACGAGGUCUGGGGAGCUAUCCAAGAAUGUCGGAACCAGCGGAAGCGAAGAUGGACAAAGGAGAGACGACGACGGAAACAGAGGAACUAACAGAGAAGACCACAGAGCCAACAGGCAUCAGUUACGUGAUCUACCAGGGUAUGGGCGCAGCAGCCGUCGGUGUGGGCGCGCUGGCGUGCUCGGUGACAUUGGGCUACACCUCCCCAGCCCUACCCUCCAUGCGAGCAGACCCAGACUUCUUCAUCACAGAGGAACAGGAAUCGUGGGUGGGGGCGGUGAUGCCGGCUUGUGCUCUGGUGGGUAGUGUGAUCACUGGGCCAUUAGUUGACAGUCUGGGCCGCCGUACCACGCUCCUACACCUCACCUGGCCCUUCGCGCUGUCGUGGAUGAUGAUAGCCACGUCCAGCAGCGUGACCGGGGUGGUGCUGGGCCGCAUGAUGGGCGGCUUAUGUGUGGGCAUGCAGGCAGUGGCCGGUUCGGUCUUCUUGCCUGAGAUUGUCGAGGUGGAGCUGCGCAACAUUAUGACCGCCAUCCCUGCUGUGUUUGGUAACCUAGGUUUGAUGCUGAGUUUCGCGUCGGGGCAGUACUUGACGUGGCGCGGGCUGGCAUGGCUGGGGGCGUUGAUGACCCUACCAGUAGUGUUGUUCCUCCUGCCACUCCCUGAGACUCCCAGCCACCUAACACGCACAGGCAGGAAAGAAUCAUCCCUUAUUGCAUUGAGGCAACUCCGACGCACAACCCAACACGCUGAGAAGGAGCAGCAGGAGAUCACCAACAGCUGCAGCAGCAGUGACAGCAAAGCAGACAUCAGCGUUUGGGAGACAGUGCAAUCACCCAACCUGUGGCCAGUGAGUGUGGGGAUCGGUCUCAUGGUGGCACAACAAACCACAGGCAUCACUGCUGUCGUUUUCUUUGCCUCUAGCAUCUUGGACUCUGGUGAAGAUGGUGCGGGAGGCAGCGCCGCAUCAGUGUUGCUGGGUGUGGUCAAUUUCUUUAGUACCUUCGUGGGCAUGAUUGCCAUGGCUAAGUUUAAGCGACGUCAAAUGCUCAGCCUGUCAACCACUGUGAUAGUGGCUUCCCUCUUCAUUUUGUCACUUUUCUUCUGGGCCAAAGACGCUGGAGGUUCCUACUCCGACAUUGCCAAGACUCUGCACCUGGUGCCUGUAGUAGGGCUCUUAGCAUACAUCAUCGGUUUUUCACUAGGCUGGGGGCCCAUACCCUGGGUUUUCCUAGGAGAAGGAAUGCCCAGCCGAGUGCGAGGCAAAGCCGUGGCCAUGGUGGUAGCUGUCAACUGGGCGUCAGCUUUCCUGAUCACCAAAACAUUUGGAUGGUGCGUGUCAUCUCUUGGUGCCCACACCACCUUCCUAGGCUACGCUGUGGCGACCGCUGUGAGCGCCACACUUCUCAGGCGUGUUAUGCCAGAAACAUUCCUCCAGUCUGCUGCCCAGAUGAAUCGUCUCUACCAAGAGGCUGCCAAGAUAAAACAACAAUGAUCGUGUUUAUAUCUAUAUUUAUAUAUGAUGACUAAAUCUUACAAAUGUCGUCACACCGCCCACAAUACUUCUUAUAAUACAAGACUCCAUCAAAGGCACUCAACUGACUUGUUCCGACAAGGCCAUCGUUCCAAUAACCCAAUCCAACUUACUUUACCUUGGUGUGCACCUCCUGUGAACAGUGUACAUAUAAUACCAUGUACUUAAAUUACUGUGUUACGAGUUGGGGAUUUAGAAUAUGGUUAUACGUCUACCCAGAUCCCAACAGGUAACAACAAUAAAAAAAAAACAAAGACAAUCGGACUAUAAAAGGGUAGACAAAGGAUGCGAGUUUUCGU